AUGGUUCCACACCCUGCGAUCCGUGCAGGUAGUAGCACUCACACACACAACGUUCCCAGCCGUUCCCAAGACGAUAUACCCAGCGAUGAAGCUCCGACGCAGGCGGAUGAUGAUUUUGUGGCUUCGGCUCCGGUAUCAGAGAUCUCUAGCAUGCUUCUGGACAGUAAAGGCAAAUCUUCUUAUAUCGGCGAGUCCGCGUCCUUGUCAUUUCUUCAGACCGUGAGGAAAGCCAUGUCAGCGGCCGUUGGUCCGUGUGAGUUUAGCAAAGACACCCAUAGUCAGCAAAUGAUCGAGACAACUCCGGCCAUGGGCUUCGAGACUGUCCAAAAACCGUUGCUAGAUCUCGACUCCGCUCUUCCACUAGCGAAUCAAUACACUCUCGUCGCCAGCGGUAUCCUAGACCUCUUUGACGAGUCGUGGCWAGUUCAAGAGCUUUCGUCAAUCGUACGAGGUCACUCAACAAGGGAUUCAGCCACGCAAACCCUCGUAUAUCUGGCCUUGGCGAUUGGAGCACAGGGACGAGCUCGAGGUCAGGACGACGAAGUCUUUGCAGAACAGUCCUUUGCUUAUGGUCGCCAUCUUGCAACUACUACUUUGAUGGACAGCCCAAGCCUAUUGACGGUACAAGCUUUCACCAUGAUCACUUACUACAUGCUGGCCGCAUGCCGACGUAAUGGAGCCUUCACCAACUUAGGGGUAGCYGCUCGAGCUGCUUACGCUCUUGGCAUUCAUCGCCACGAAACAAAUGUUGCCUUCAUCCCUGAAGAUGGACUGGCUCGAGCGCGAGCCUGGAAAACGCUGCGUGUAUGUGAUCUCUUCCUGAGCGCAUCGAUGGGAAGGCCGCCUGCCACCUCUGACGCUGAAUGCAAUAUCGUAUGGGACUCAGUCGACCAAGCCACUCACCGCGAAGGAUCCAACGUAUCAGCGCAAGCCUAUUCGGCGAUUUUCCGAAUCUGCCAUGUAUUCGAAAGAGUCUUGGUCGAGGUCUACUCGAAACGUUCCGUCUCAUUUGAGGUGGCCACAAGUAUUUCGCGCGAGCAUCGUAGAUGGACRGAGGAGCUACCUCGAAUGCUCAAGAUCGAUGGAUUACAAGACGUGGAGACAGGGCAGCCCUCUCGACUCUCUCAUCGUCUCGGCGUCGCAAUCGUCACCAUGGCCUAUUACUACUCUAUCAUUCUCCUGGCGCGGCCAUUCCUGACCUUCAAAGUCUGCCAUUAUCCAAAAAUACCAUCACAUGGACAGCACAUCUCCCCCUCAAUGACAAGUCUCUUUACAUAUGCAGAUGCAUGUGUUGAUGCGGCAAUCAAGGGAAUCAACGUGGCCUACGAGAUCGUCUUAGAGGAUGGAAUGCCCCAACGCCAACCCUUGGUAAUCAACAGUGUUUUCAUCUCCAUUCUUUGCCUUGGUCUCGCCAGUCUGGAUAAUUCUGAUCGUCGAGGCUGGCCUUUAGAUCAAUCUAUGAAGCGUGGAAUCGCCAUUCUGGUACAUUUCGCAGACCUAAACCCCCAGUCUGCUCGAUAUGCCAAAAUAUGCCAGCUUCUCCGAGCUGCUGCGUUGAAGCAUGCGGAACAGAGAGAUUGUGCAAUGAUGCACACUAGCAGCCAGCGGUUUUGUGCCAUUUUUGGCGAUGUUCAAGGCUCGACGGAUCCGCAGGUGCGAUUUGCGGACGUGAAUCAGAAUACGCGCGUGAUGCAACGCCAGCAGCCUCCAGGUGCAUCAAAUCGUACUCCAGCGGCACMCAUUUCUCCCCUCUCCUUGGACGGCUGCUUUAUCCAGCACGACUCGAUGAUCUCUACAAGCGGUCUUCUGGACGGACAGUCGCCCAACAGCCGUGCACCUCAUCUCGACGACACAAACUCCUAUGCUUCGCAGUACGACUUUUCCGCACAGGAUCUUGAUUCUUCACCUUCUUCUGGAUGGGGAAGUUUAGAGACGCCCCUGUUUUCACUCAUUAAUGACUUUACGCCGACAUAG